CGUGUGUUCAUCUAAAAGAUGAAAAGACCUGCGCCUUUAAGAGGGCUGUCUCCCCUUUCCCUCAUGCUCCCCCUCAACCACGCAGACACUCCUCCUGUGAGCAUUUGUGAGGCAGCUCCUGUCCCUUAUGUCUCUUUGUGGGGAACAGAACAGGCUUCCCAGAGCACCACUGAAGACAAGGCAGAGCUCAAGGGAGGACACCCUUGGGGGCGGACCUCCAUGCAACCCCCGGCCUCAACUACUGUGGAUGCUGAGAUGAGCAGAGGGAGAGGAGGCUCAGACCUACUCCAUCCGGAGUAAGAACACCAAGAGAUCCAAAACAAGGAGGUGGAACUUAUCAGCUGGACAAGCCAAGAGGUGAAUUUCGAGUUAAAGGGGACAGUUUCAGCCGAUCAAAAAUCAACAGCGACGGACGGGAUGGCGAAAGAAAAAGGUGGAGUCUUGAUUUGAGCUUUUAGAAUUUCUUCAGAAAAGUUUUGACAAAGAAGAAUCAGCAAAGAACUCCAUAUUGUUUACGGCUAUUAAGGACAAAAGUACCGACUGAAAUACAAACGGCACAAGGAGGAACAUUUAUAUUCAUCAUUUAAAUGAGGAGGAACCGAGUGAUUUAAAUCACCGGAGCACUCAAAAUAGUCAUUUGUGGUAUGAAAUUGAGAUGCUCUUUAAAGAAUAUCUUGCACGGUCCAGACAGCGCUUUUAAUUCAUCAGCCAGACGUUUAUCUUAUUUCUCCAGCUCUUCCUGGGAGGCACCAUUAAAGACUUCAUUGAUAGCACUCUUGGGGGAACGGGUGAUAUUUCUUAUGUGAAGUCUGGAAACUUUAGAGCUGUUGACUGGAGGGAGAGAAAAGUGCCACACGCAGAAGAAAAUUAUGUUGAGCAACGCCGCAUCUGGUAAAAGUGUACGUCUGGACUAACAUUGCGGUGGCGCGUUGAAGACUAAAAAGGAAAAUGUUCCCAGGGUGUGGAGUGGUGAGCAGCCAGAACCAGUACCUGGCCAGAGACCCGGUCAGGUCCCAUCCCGGACUAGAGGUGAACAGACCUAUGCAAAUGGACAAUGGGCUGAGCCAGGGGACAUGCCCCGUCUACCACGAUCAAACGCACAGCGGUGCUUGCCAGCCGACGGUGGUCAGCAACCUUUCCUUCCCGCUGAAGCCGACGCCACUGCCAGCCCCGCCCCCUGCACUCAAACUAGGGCAGGAAGGGUUUAAGAAAGUCUGCCGAACUGAGGAGGACAGCCCCUGUCCCUUUCCAGGACUGGCCUCUGGGGUGCUGGAGAUGCGUGUGAAGGAGGGGAGUAAGAUCCGCAACUUAAUGGGAUUCGCCAUGGCGCGGAUGCAGACGGAGAAGGCUGUUGGUGAGGGAGGUGCGAGUGGUGGUGGUGGUGUUGGUGGUGUUGUCGGUGGGCUCAGGCAGGUGGUCUUCACGGGGUCGGGCCGCGCGGUCACGAAGACCAUCACUUGUGCCGAGAUCAUGAAGCGCAAAGUGGGCUCUCUGCACCAGCUGACCAAGCUGCGCUACAAGGUGGUGAAAGAGGUGUGGGAGAGCAGCGAAGGGGGGGCGUCCGAGAUGACGGUGCACCGGACUGUGCCCUCCAUCAGCAUCCUUCUCUCCAAAGACCCGCUGGAUCCCCGGGAACCGGGCUAUCAGCCCCCGGAAACUCUCAGCGCCUUGUGGGACGAGAAAGAGGGGAUCGAACCUGCCACGCCAACGGCAUACAAGAGACCCCCUGGACCUUUGCCGUGCGGCGGUUUCCCUCACUGUAAGAGAGCGUGUUCGGGAGAGGGAGUGUCAGUCCACCCGCCUCUCUGACUGGCCGGACCGGUGUCGAGCGGCGGAGAGGAUUGAAUCGGGAGGGGGGUUCAUUUGACGCUGCCCCCUCUCCACUCAAGCACAAUGCUGAGACAAUCAGAACACUCACUCAGACAGAACCGUGCUUUCUCAGAAGAACCCGAGUUCCACUUUCAGCCUCCAGAGGUCAGUUGGACUGGGACCGCAAAGCUCGCCUCUGUACAGACAGCAUUUAACAGAUGUGUUUCUGGGACCGUCCGACUUGAUCGCUCACGUCCACGUGAUUGCGAUGUGUGCUAUAAAAUUUUUAGCUGAUUCACAUCCCAUUUGACACUAAAGAAAAGCCAUGAAUUGCAGAGGUUCCAUAUUGCCGCUUGCAGUAAACUAUCUACGGCCCGUGGAUGAAAUUGAUUAUUCGCGUCAUGUUGCAAUCAUUUCUUAUCCUCUAUACUCUGUAAGUGUAGCCUCUAAAAAUGCACAAAGUAGACCCAAGAGUAUAAAAUAAAAACAGUUGAAAGCCAUUGAUGUAUGACAAAUCCAAUACAUACCAUUUGUCGGAUUAUUAAGUCAUGAAAACAAAAUUAAAUAAAUUGGGUUUUUCUUCCAAUGGAAA